AAAUUCACCAACCAGAGCUCAGUGAUUGCUCGACUUGUUCCACGAUGUACCGAUCCAGACUCGGAAGUUCGACAACUCGCUAUCGACUGUAUUUACAUCUCACUGAAAAUUGCCUCACGAAUAGAAGGUCACCCAGCGGACUACAAGGACACAAUGAUAGAGGCCCUCCCCACACUCAAAGAGAGGCUGGUCAAGGGAGAUCCCAACAUCCUGUUCAGUGUUAUUAAUGAUCUCUCCAAGGUGAUUGCUAAGAAGAUGCCAUCCGCCCAGCUGCAGAACUUCCUGGAGGUUUUACAGGAGGGGCUACUGGACCCCCAGUCUCACAGUUCAUCAGGGGCAUGUGUGGUUCUCAACGGCCUGUUGAAGACUCGCGGGGCAGAGAUCCUUAGUCAGGUGGAUAACAUAGUUACCUCCCUUCACAGUAAACUCGCGAGUAUAGACUUCACACAGACUCGGACCGGGACACUGCGCUCGAUUCGGACACUCGCUACUCACCACCUGAGCUCAGUCCUUAAAACAUUGCUGAAUUAUCAACUGCCAUAUGACAGUGACAUGGUAGAGAUUUGGCAGACCCUCUCCCAGGACCCCCAGCUUACCACAGCCAUGAUUGACCACAUGCUGGAAAAGCUUCACAAGAGUCUGCCGUACGAAGAGAGACAGAAUGAAGAGGAAGUAACGAGGACAGCCACCAGUUUACCUAUGGCAGUGACUUGUGCUCUGAAGAUAAUAUUUGACUGUGAAGAAACAGAGGAGCAAGUGUUGAAGGCUUAUCACACUCUGAUGGGAGCACUGAUGCUGAGGAUUGGUUCAUCUGUAGGGGUCAAGCCGGUCAAGCAGAAAGAGAUGGAAAAAGAGGACAAAUCUAAAGGGAAGAAACCAGUACCUGUAACCAGUAAAAAUCCUGAACCAAGCAAGACAGUGGUAGAAACCUUCAGGUCUUUCCUGGUGAGAACAAAGAGUACCGAUGUCAUUGAGAUUCUGACAGAAGAGGAAUGCUGGGAAAAGUUUGAGGAGGAGGAAAAUUAUCCUGAGGCCUUUACAAUACUCACAAGAGCCUUAGUUUCUAGCAGUGUGGCAGCCCCUCACGUGUCUCAGAUUGUGGCUUCCCUGACCUCCGCCUUGUCUAGUCUGUACGAUCCACAGAGAGUUGUGGUGGCAGCAUUUUUUGCUGAGGUAAUUAACCAGAAGUGUAUGGAUAAUGCAGACCUGGUAGAGCUGGUAAUGAAUAGUUUGUUGGGAAGAUUGGUGGAUUCUUCACACAAAGUCCGUAUGCUGUGUAUCAGGGGACUCGGAAACAUUGCCAGUGUUAGUUCGGAACUGGUGAAAAAAUACUCUACGACCGUGUUGUCUGCCAUGAUGGCGGGAAUGGAUGAUAAAGAAGAUCCAGAUGAUGACAUCACUACAGAAGCCAUGAGUGGGUUGUCACGGAUACUGUGUGAAAUCGAGGAAAGCCACAUCCGUGCUAUUCUUAUCAACGUCUCUCUUAAAAUCCGCCCAUGUUUUGAAAAGGAAAAGCCAACUGUGAGAGCUCAAGCUAUUAUUUUAUUUGGAAAUCUUUCCCGCUUUGGAGAUGGUCCCUCAAAAGCUCCUUUCCUAGAACAAAUCCAUAGCAAUCUAGUCAGUCUUCUUCUCCAUCUGAAUGACCCCGAGAUAGAGGUCAAGAAGGCUUGUAAAUUCUCACUGAGGUUAUUAGGCCCUCUAAUGGGGUCAGAAGCCAUUAACAGCAAAUUCCAGCGCCACCUACUGGAGGAUGCUAACCUUAUCUAUGGAGAAUUCCUAAAUGACCUUGCUAAACUCAUGAUAGAAGAAUUUCCAGACAAAAUUAACUUUUAUGUGAUGGGAUGCGUCUCUUUCUUUAAAAGCCUCUGGCCCGAGAUCAAGAGCAAUGCUGCUCUCUUUGUGGGUUAUCUGCUGGGUAACUUGCCAGAGCCUAGACAGAACUCGAUUUCAAAGGAGCAUGUCUGUUCAGCUCUGAUUAUGUUACUGAAGGACCAGACGCCUGCUGUGCGAUGCAGAGCCGCAGAAGCCAUGAGUCUUUUGUACAACUAUUAGACUUUCUGUUAUAUUCCUGCUAGCUACCAGCUUAGAACAUUUAGAUAGAAUAGCAAAAUCUCAGUGAUCAUAUCACAGUGUCCACAAGACUUAAACAGCAAAAUGCUUCUUUGAACUUUAACUAUUUGAAAAUUGUAUGAUUCCUUCAUAGAAGAAUCAAUCUCAGUGAGAAAGCUUUAUAAACCAUUCCUUCAGCGAGGAUUGUGUAUAAACUGUGAUAAAAGAAAUCCAGCAUUUAAAACAGAACCAGCUCCUGUUAUAUAGGGAUAGAUGUUUGAAGGCUCUACUGGUGCGGUUUAUUAUUUUAUUUAUGUAUGAUAAUUCAAAGAAAUAAGUUGAUUGCUAUUAGUGAUGUGUACAUUGAUGGUUUAAAACUCGUCGUAACAUUCCUAUUGUGUACACUAUUUUUGUGCACAUAAUUACGUGCAUUAUUAUUACUAUAGGGAAAAUGUGUUGGGCUUUUUGUGCAAUAUACCAUUGUUUCAUUUAAUAUCUAUCAUUAUCCUUGUUAUUUUUUGAAUGAAUGUUAACAGAUGUUAUGAAUUCUAAGAUUUAUGUAUUAAUUUAUGUUACCAAUUUUAUUCAAGUUGUAUCCUUUUUGUUUUGUUUUUUUUGAGGGGGGGGGGGGGGGGGGCAUUGAUAGCAAAUCAAAACUUCUAUGAUUAAGUCUUCCUCAUCCAUGCAAAUAGAGUUGUGAGAUAUCUGAACUGUCUGAAGCAUGAUUGCAAUUUAAAUCUAAAUACUAUAAACCAACUUUUAUUCACGUCAUCUUUUAUUUGCAAUUUGUCAGUUUGAAUCUGCAAUGAUUAAUUUUUGCGACUGAGGAACCAUUCUCUACUAAAACAAAGCAAAAUAAAUGCUUCACAGUGAUUAGUAUUGGCAAGUUAAGUAGGUCGAAAAACUUGCGGAUAUUUCUCGCACAUGAAUAAAAGUUGGUUCAUAGUGCAGUUUGAAAUGGAUGGAAAUGAUUGUGUAUUAAAUUAUUUUGUAAAUCGCUAUUCAGUAAAUUGUGAAUUAUUUCUUUAAGCCAAUAAGCCAAUGACCUUAUAUAUAUGAUUUGAUAAAUGUUAAUGCAUAUAUUAAAGUUUUAAAAAAGGAACAAAAAAUCCUUCAUAAUAUUAUAAAUUGUGUACAGUGCCACUUCAGGGUCUUACAAUUAUAUAUACAUUGUACAAGUAUAUCUGUUCCUUAAAAAAAAAAUUAUAUCGCUGUUAAUAUUGUGCAUGAAUAGCGCAAUUUAAAAAAAUGAUAACAUUGUGUUUAAAUAACACAAUUAAAAAGUGAGGGGCAAUAACA